UUAAGAAAUGAAAUAGACUGGGAAAAAAUGAGUUUUCAAACAAUUGACAGUGUGAUACCUUUGAUAUAUGGCUGGUUAAAAGAAAACCACUUGCUGAGAACAAGUAGAUCAUUGGAAGAAGAAUAUGGGAAGGAUAUUAAGACAAAUGAUGAUGUGACCUUAACACAGAUUGUUGCAUGUUAUGGAGCCAUGGCAAUUUUGUUUUCAAAACCUGAUACGAAGAGCACAAAGAAAGUAAAAAAGCCCUCUAAGGCUAAAAAAUUUACUAAAACUGGUGAUAAAUCGGCAGAUGAAGUUGACAAAUCAAAAAAGACCAAUGAUAAAAAGUCUAAAGGAGAUACAAAUUUGCAAUCCAGCGAAGAAGUAACGGUUACAGAAAAGAAAGUGAAAAAGAAAGAAAAGCCUAAACCAUUUGUACCCCAUGAAUGGAUUUGUCCAGAAAUGGAAGAGAAACUAGCUGGUGUUUACGAUAGAAUAAUUACUGCUUCUCAACUUGACCAACAGAAUAAUAAUGUAGAAAAAGACAAUGGUGUAAAGACGAAUUCAAAAAAUGAGGCAAACGCCAAAGCAGGUCAUGAUAAAACAUCGUCGCAACAUAUACCUUCAUUUGAUUCCGAUUCUUCUUGUGUGGAGGUGCCGAAAAAGAAUGUAUCAAAAAUUCACAACUCUGACACAGAUACCACAAGCUCAGAUGAAAAUGAGAUUCCUAAAAAGAAGAUUAUUUCAAGGACACCACAAAAAACAGUUACAAAUUCUGAUACAUCUUCUGAGAGUGAGAGCGAAACUACAAAACCAAAAAAGACACUUGUCAGACUAGCAAAUGGGACUGUGUUAGAAUCUCCAUAUGUACCACCACAAUUACCUGCAAAAAUGGAAACGAAGAAAAAAAUAAAAAAAUAUGAAGCUGAAGAUGAAGACAUGGAUCAGGAAGAAUUAAUUAAGAAGAAGAAAAAGAAGAAAAAGAAAACUGACGAAGAAGAUGUAGAAAUACCGGAAACAAAGAAACGUAAACAUGAAAAGAAAAGUGAUGAUCUGAUUGAUGAUGCCAAAAAGAAAAAGCUUAGCAAUGAAACUUCAGAGACAACAAUAACAGAAGAAGAUGAAUUGGACGAAAACAAAAAGAAAAAGAAGAAAAAGAAAAAGAAAAAAAAUGUAGAGGAAGCUUCUGAGGAUACUGAAGAAGACGAGACGAGCGAAAAGAAAAAGAAGAAGAAGAAGAAAAAGAAGCAACACGAAGCAGAAGAAACCAGUACACCUACAAAAACAAAAGAAGAUGAAGAGAUGGUGGUAUCCCAGUCUACGAAGAAGAGCAAAAAAGUUAAAACACCAUUUCGAAGGGUGGUGGAAGAAGAAGUAGUAGUUCCUGAAGCCUUACAAGAUAACAGCUACGAAGCAAAAAAAGGGAAAGCAGGAGAUUACGGUGAAAAAGCGAAUGAAGUUUUGAAGUAUACUAAAGGGAAAAGUUUUCGCCAUGAAAAAACCAAAAAGAAGCGCGGUAGUUAUGGAGGAGGUCUGAUCACUCAAGAAGUGAACUCCAUUCAGUUUUCUAGUGAUUGAUGACAUGCUACCUGACUUGUGAGUCUGACAAAAGAAGCAAAUCGUAGAAACGUUUUUAAAUUGGUUUGUCAAAUAAAUUAUUUUAAAUUUUAGCUUAAAUAGAAGAAAUUCUGUGUAUUAUAGUCUUGUAAUCCGCAAGGUGAAUGAUAAACAGACUCUCUUGGU